AUGACUGCACAGAGGUAUGGAAUUGGGCUUGGCUUCUACACCAACUAUUACGAUUGGACCCAGAUUACGAACAAUGCGUGGGCGAGUAAUUCUCAACUCUGGUACUGGAACGUACUGGGAGGUGGACCACGCGGUGAGACUCCUGCAAACUUCAACGAUUUCCGCUCAUUUGGCAACUGGCUCACACCGACCGUUAAACAGUUCGCUCAAGUUGAGAAUAUCUGUGGAAUAACAGUAAAUCGGGAUGUCUAUUCUACGAACGGUAUGAAGGACUCGGUGGCGGUGGUGAAUGGAGAGAUCGGCAAAGGUCCAGUAGUGGGUGUAACGUUUGGAACCGUUGCCUUCGAAGGACUUCUACAAAAUAAAUGA